GGGAGACUAACUGGAAUCAAACACCGUAUGCAUGGAGUAAAAGCAGUAGUAACAUUGGUAGGAAACUCGUGCACUAUAAAAGUGAUCAACUAAGAAACAGAAAUAAGAAUAAUUACAGUACGUUAACGUUCCAAAAUGAAGACAGCCAUUGCUCUGAUAGCACUGAUCUCUCUCACCAGCAGCCUGGUGUGGGCUGUACCAAAUCAGCAGGACGUUCAAGAAAUCCUGGGAAAUGCUCGAGACGCAACAGAGCAAGACGAGGAUGAUGUAGACCUUCAGUCGCUACUGGCAGCUGCUCAAGAUGAUGACGAAAACGAUGAAGAUGAAGAUAUGUCAGCACUCGACUCUCUAAUGGCUGCUGCACAAGAUGACGAUGGAGAUGAUAGUGAUGUUAAUAUGAAAGCUCUGAUGUCACUAGCUCAAGGCGAUAAAAACGACAAGGCUACAAGUCAGAAAAGAAUUAUAUCUAGGCCUUGGUCGUGUUAUCGCCACAACACACAUAACAGCGGCUAUUAUGCCAGCUAUUACAAGCGAUACUACAACAACUAUUACAAGAACUAUUACAGCAAGUUGUAUAAGGGAGCAAAAGCGUAUGGUGACUUUGGAUACAAAGUGCUGAAUUUUAUCAAGAGCUACACGAAUAGGAACUUCCCCUACAUGUACAAGAAGUACAGGUACUACCGUGGUAUCAAAAUCAAGGGAUAAGCUUUUUCAAGCAGCUGCAUGCAUGCUGACAUAAACUUGGAGUAGGAGUAGAUUAGUGCAUAAUUAUAUAGACUGAACAGAAUUGAUAUGCAAUGAUUGAUGUAUAUAGUAAUCCUAUAUACAGGCUGACUAUUAUAUGCAAGUCAGUGUCGUAGUAAAUUAUCUAGAAAUGCGUGAUUAUUGUGUUCAUAAACAGA